UAUGAAGAAUUUUUUAAGAUAAACAUUAUGUGGACAUGAUUACUAAGCCAAACCCAAAGUUCAACAAAGGGUAAAGAGGAAAAAGCAGUAUCUACACUGUGAAGCAACAUGUCCCAUUUUAACUUUGAGAAUGAACUGAACAGUGUCUUAAGGAUGGAUGGGCCCAUAACAAAAGGACCAAGUAUGAGAUUUGAGAGGAAGACAGAUUGUAAUCAGUCUGUCAACAGUUCCCUCAACAUCAGCACAACAGCAAAAACUCCCAUGAAGAAUCUCAACCGAUCCACCAACAAUCCAAAGACACCAUCUAAUGCAAAGACACCAAAAUCUACAAGUAAAACAAGGACACCAGGAGGAUCCAAAGCUCCCAAAACACCCAGUGGUGGAGACAGAUUUAUACCAAAUCGCAGUGCUACCCAGUUUGAAUUGGGACACUUUAAAUUAACUUCAGACAGUGCUAGUACAAGUGAAGCAGACAAUCUGUUGAGUCCUUCACAGAAGGAGUAUCAGAAAAUAAUGAGUGAAAACCUAAAUGGAGCAGACAUCUCAAAUAACAAAAUCAUAUCGUACAAGACUAAAGCUCCAGGUGCACCAGAAGGAUAUCACAACAACCUUCGGGUCUUGUAUAGUUCAUGCAAAACACCUGCUGGUUCGAUGAAGAAAACCAUGCGUCAUAUUCCUCAAGUGCCAGAGCGCAUCCUUGAUGCUCCAGACAUCCUUGAUGAUUAUUACCUGAACCUGCUUGACUGGUCAUGUAACAAUCUCCUGGCUGUGUGUCUGGGUGGGAGUGUGUACCUCUGGAAUGCAGCCACAGGAGAGAUUGACCAGCUGUUACAGAUGGAGAGCUCAGACCAGUAUGUUGGUGCAGUGUCCUGGAUCAAGGAGGGCAACUAUCUGGCUGUAGGAACCAGCAAUGGGGAAGUGCAAUUAUGGGAUGUCGCGGCAAAGAAAAGGCUACGCAACAUGGCAGGCCAUGCCAACAGAGUUGGGGCUCUGUCAUGGAAUUCCUAUAUUCUGAGCAGCGGUUCACGGAGUGGAGCCAUUCACCAUCAUGAUGUGAGGGUGGCAGAUCAUCAUGUCGGCACACUCCUGGGGCACACCCAGGAGCUGUGUGGCCUGAAGUGGUCCCCUGAUGGGAAGUUCCUUGCCAGUGGAGGGAAUGACAAUCUCUUAAACAUUUGGGGGGCCCAGCAGGGUAGUCCCCUCACUGACACAUCACCAAUGUUUACAUUUUCACAACAUCAAGCUGCAGUCAAGGCCUUGGCCUGGUGUCCCUGGCAGCCUCACUUAUUGGCCAGUGGGGGUGGCACUGCAGACCGUCACAUCCGAUUCUGGAACUGUAGCACAGGAACAUGUGUAGACAGUGUAGACACAAAGUCACAGGUGUGUGCUCUGCUAUGGUCAAAAAAUUACAAAGAGUUAAUAUCUAGUCAUGGAUUUGCUCUAAAUCAGCUGACCAUCUGGAAAUAUCCUACAAUGACCAAAGUGUCGGAGUUAUCAGGUCACACUGCUCGCGUUUUACACAUGGCUAUGUCGCCUGAUGGACAGACAGUGGUAUCAGCUGGAGCUGACGAGACGCUCAGAAUCUGGAAAUGUUUCACACUUGAUGAACAGAAAAAAGCAGCACAGAAAUCUGCUGUCAGCAAAGACAAAAAGAGUGUGUUCUCCAUGACGUCGAUAAGGUAGCUGUGACCCCUCGCACAGAGUAUGAGGGUGUGUAGAAGGAAGGGAUCCCUCAGGAGUAUCAGAGAUCUUAAAUUGUGUUCAGUGUGAUACUGUAUUUUGCAAUAUACAUAUAUAUAUAAUGAUAUUACUAUUCAGUUUUAUUCAAUUCAAAAGCAUUAAUAGACUGAGAAUGUGUUAAAAAUAGCUACCCCAGGUACACAUGAUCAUAACUGAAAUUGAAGAGUUCUUCAUCAGUAAACAUUUGUACAACCAUCAUGACCAAUAUAUUAAAUCCCUUUGGCAAUAUGUUUUAAAAAAUGUGUAAAUUGAUACUGUUGUGUAGACAGAAGUGACAGCAUAUUUUUUUGUUAAAUAACAUAUUUAUUUCAUGAGGGGGAUGGGUAUGCAAAAGAAAGUUAUCUUUCUUGCGAAAUAAAUAUUUAUUCAACAAAGAAACUUUUAAUGAAUUGUUAUUACCGGUACACUUCAUUGUCAAUUUAUGCAUAUUUUCUUUGUUCUUUGAAUCCAAAUCAUUUUAUUAUUUUAAACUGAGAAAAUAUGUAUUUUUAUCUCAGUUGUGAGAACUUAAUUGAAAAGGACACGUUAAAUAUUUACUGUAUGUGUUAAUGCCUGAAUUGUUUGGAUUUGUUUUUUUCUGGAGUCUAUUAAGGUAUCUCACGUGUGUCCCCCUUUUUUUUUUGCCUCUUGGGAGGUACCAUUGUUUACCUUCCAUUUGACAUACUUGGCUGCACAAUUGUUCAGGAGAGAGGUUGUUAAAAUAUUUUACAGAGUUAGAUAAACUUGUAUUUAUUGUAUUAAAUACCAGCUUUGUUACUUUUGAACAAUAAAGUUUAAAAACACA